GAUUAUUAUGCGACUUCGCCAAUCAUAAGCUAAGAAUUUGAACCGGAAGCGCAGACACGUUGUAGUAACUUCUAGUAAGCAUGGCACCCGGAGGCAAGAUCAACAGACCAAAAACUGAACUCGGGAAAAAGCUCUUUAAACGUCGGCGCGUUCUAAAUAAACAAAAAAGGUUUAAGCACAAGAUUGUAGGAGCAGUGGUUGAUGAAGGUCUGAUCACUGCUCAUCACCUGAGGAAAAGAAUUACUAGCCCACGGGCUAAUAUCACUCUGUCCGGCAAGAAGCGACGGAAGUUGAUCAAGCAGCUGCAGCACAUGGAGCGAGCGAAGGCAACCAUGGAAGUUGAAGCACAGCCUGCAAAGAAAGCUGCCCCCAGCACCGUCUCCAAAAAACAGGCGAAGAAGGAAGCUCCUGAGGACAUGGAGAUGGACGAUCAGGAUGUGGAAUGAGGAGAUGGUGACCUGGACCCUGCAUCAACCCUGCUGCAGUUCAGCAGUCCAAGGAUGUUGCUGUUAUUCAUUUUUAAAGCACAUUUGCCUUUACCCAUUAUAGAGUGUUAAUAUGUAAUAUGUAUCCUUCUUCCAAGACCCUUGUAUUCUGAACAUGAAUGUAAUAUGAUAUUUUUGCAUCGGCUGUAAUUUUUAAUGGACUUUGUUACUGUCUUUUGACCCAAUUGAACGAGUCUGUGCUUUAGAUGGAGUAUUUCAGGAUCCCCCUCCCUCAAAAAAAAAUUACCUUUAUAACUGGAGGCAGUGAGGUUCAGUGGAAAUGGACACUAUUGCCUGCGAUUGGAAUGUUGCCGCUUCAGAUCCCAGAAGUUAUAAGGGUGAUUUCAGCAUUAGGUCCUUGAACAAGGCCCUUAACCCUACAACUGCUUAAUGCAUUCUGAUAAAUGUCACUUUAUAUAAAAGCGUCUGCUUUAGUUGUAUAAAACGUAUACAAACUUUGAGUUUCAAGGACGAAGGCUGUACAGACUCACUGUAAGCUGUUGUAUAUGGAGGAUGCUUGAGAUAUUUCCACACAAAAGCUGAUCAUAAAGCUCUUAUGCUGAAUGUCGACAUGUACGGAAAUGUAUCCCAUCUUGUGUACUUAAGUAAACAAGGCCUAUAAUUAUUUCAACCA